AUGUCUAAACUGGGUUUGCCUGAGAGAUGGAUUGAUAGAGUUAUGAGCUAUGUGGCUUCCACCUCUUUCUCUAUUCGUAUUAAUGGAAAGGCUUAUGAUAAUAUUCGACCCUCUCGUGGGCUCCGUCAAGGAGAUCCACUAUUACCUUAUCUGUUUCUUUUAUGUGCAGAAGGGUUCUCUUCUAUGCUAGCAAAAGCACAAGAUGAAGGGAGGGUCCAUGGGGUUGUUAUAUGCAGAAGAGCACCAUGCAUAUCCCACUUAUUAUUUGCAGAUGAUUCGCUCUUAUUCUGUGGGGCUAAUCAAGAGGAGGUGCAGGUUAUUUCAGAUGUUUUGCAGACAUAUGCAGUCGCGUCAGGCCAGUGUAUUAAUUUUGAGAAAUCCUCAGUUUACUUUAUCAGCAACACAACAACGGAAUUUAGGGAGAAAAUUAAGGAGACUUUGGGGGUGAGGGAGGUGGAGCGGUUUGAUGCCUACUUGGGAUUACCCCCUUUGGUUGGCUAG